GGGAUCAAGACUCGCGUAACGUCAUUUAUGGACUGCCCCCAAUUAAUAAAAUAUUUUCAAUACGAGUGAAUGAUUUGAUAAUCCCUACCAAUUUCAAAUGGUCAUCGCGUAAUUCACCGGUAAGAGUGCUGCAGUAAUAAAACAAAAAAAUUGGAUCCACCAAAGCUCUGCCGCCUCUGGUGGAGCCGGUCACGCGCAGCGGUGUCUUCUGAGCGUGACGUCAUAACGAGAUAACUGGGGGCUGGCGUUCAUUGGUUGCGGUGUGACGUCACAAUGCGGAUCCGUUCGUUUACAUUGGUUCCGGAGAACCUCAACUUUGGGUAAACGUUCGGGGUGGAUUAAUUGACAUGCUAAUGUCUGCUCCAGCAGCUGACCCACCUCUAUUUAAGGCCUCGACACAGAGGCAUUGGGUCUCUGUCUCUCUGUGUCUGCGUUGUCUGCGCGUGAUGUCUGUGCUUUUUUCUCACAUUUAUUUCUACCGGAUGACGGUUGCUUGUGUUGAAAUCGAAACGUCGUACUCUAUUAUGUAAUUUAUUUUCAUUCUACACGUCACUUUAAUGAAAGAACCAAAGAGUAAUUCCUGCAGUCACGAAAGCUUCAACUCAGGUUUUAACGUUACAAUGUUGGCGCGUCCGCUUUGGCUGCGCCAACGCCGCACUCGCUGGCGGUGACGUCACCGCGCUGCGUACGUCGCGGCGUUGUCGGUGCGUCCCUACGUCAUCGGAUUCUCGUGCGCUCGCCCGAUAGACGUCGUCAGUGGUCGCUUUUAACGCGUUGACGUCACGAUGUUGACGUGCCGCUUCCAGCACGAGCUUUACGCGAUGACGUCGCGGGCGUUCGCGAUGACUUUACGGGCGUGCGCGAUGACGUCGCGGGCGUACGCGCUGACGUCGCGGGCGCCGGGCGUUAAUCUUCCUGGCGUCACGAGUACGGCGACGUUCCCGCCAUUCAUCCGCUCGCAAUGGCCGCGUCAACCUCCUCGUCGCCGCUGCUGCUGCUGUCUCUGCUCUUCGUCACGGCGCUCGUAGCAGCGGAGCCGAUCAAAUUCAAAGACUGCGGUUCCCAGACGGGAAAGAUAUCAGCGGUGAACAUAAUCCCCUGUCCUACCCAGCCCUGCAUUCUCUGCAAGGACAAAACCUACAACAUCAACGUGACCUUCACCAGCGACACGGAGAGCCAGGGCUCGACGGCGGUGGUGCACGGCAUCCUAGCGGGGAUCCCCAUCCCCUUCCCCAUCCCCAACAACGAUGGCUGCAAGUCGGGUAUCACAUGCCCCAUCGCCAAGAAUCAGGCCUACAUCUACGACGUGGGGCUGCCCGUCAAGUCCGACUACCCCAGCAUCAAAUUGGUGGUCAAGUGGGAAUUGAGGGACGACAAAGCAAACGAUCUUUUCUGCUUCGAGUUCCCGGUGGCCAUCAGCAGCUGCUAAAUCCAUAGCACAGCAACCAAGGCGGAGUGUGACGACACUUGCUUGUUGUCACUUUGCCUUUAGACGGUUAUGUGAUUUGUCUAAUUCAUGACCCUGAUCAUGUGAUGGAUUGAUUUCAUUGAGUCAAUGCAAUACCCUGGUGACAUAAUCUAUUUCUUGGCCCUAGUAAUUCUAUUGACCUAAUCUGUCACCCCAGUCAUGUGAUCUAUUGUACACGUUUUUGAUAAAAUUCUUUUUUUAUGGUUACCAGGUCAGCUUUAUUAUACUUAACAGAUUUAAUGUGUACAUUUAAAGACGUUAAAAUUAUGAGUUUUAACAGUUUUUUUUUUUAUAAAUGCUCACAGUGCCUUCUACUGACCUUUUUAAUACGAAUGUUCAAUCCCAGGAAUAAUGAAAUAAAGUGCUGUUUUCAAACGUUA